CAGGAGCCAGAGGCACUGAGAGUGGAGGCACAGACUCUUGCAAGUGACAGGCCUGCAGAGACACACAGGACAUCCUCAAGGAGGGAAAGUGGUGCUGUGUCCCUGUCACAAGACUGAGUGGAUAUGAAACACCCCCUGCUCCUGCCCCUUCUCCUGCUGGGGACUGUUGCAGCUUGUCAUCUGGAGAAUCAUGCUCCCCACCUGGACAGCCAAGACACACAUGCAGACCUGAGCCAGGAUCUGGAAGGUUCAGGGGAUCAGGAGGGACAGAUGGCCCUAACUGAAAAGGAGAUUCAGUCAGAAGAAGAGCAGGUGGAGGCUUCUGGCUAUGAAAAUGACUUUGAUGAUGAUGAGGACAUGGAGUCGGAUCCAAGUGACCUAGACAACGAUGUGGAGUGCCCCAGGACAGAGGACACAGUUGAAAUAGUGGGCAGUCCUGGGUGCAAGACCUGCCGCUACAUCUUGGUACGGAAACUCCGAAGGUUUCGUGUAGCUCGGAGAAUCUGCAGGAGGUGCUAUAGAGGCCAUCUCGCCUCCAUCCACAAUUACAGGGUUAACCAUCAUCUCCAGUGUUUGACCAGGGGAAUCAACCAAGGCCAGGUCUGGAUUGGAGGUGUCGUCAGGUACUGGCGCCGUUUCAGGAGGUUUCUCUGGGUUGAUCGGAGCCGCUGGAAUUAUGCAAACUGGGCUGCAGGACAGCCUAACUCUGCCGGCGGCCACUGCAUAGCUCUAAGCACCAGAGGCGGUCAGUGGCGGCGUGCGAGUUGCUACAGGCGUCUGCCCUUCAUCUGCUAUGCCUAAGCCAGUGGUCUGGAGAUCCUGCCCUGGACCUGCUGCCUGCACCCCUCCUGGCUGCCCCUACCCACCCUGGGCCCUGGCUGGGCCUCCAGCCUCCCCUGCUCAUAAAGCCAGACUGCUCACCGCA